AUGAUGUCCGCCCUCUCCCACUCCCCCCGACCCGCUCCCCCUCCCUCAACUUCAGCGACAUCCUCGACAGCUUCCACCUCGUCCUCCACUCCCUCUGCGCCGCUGCUGGGAGAGACCCCACCCGUAGUGGUCCCUUCUACCACCUCCAAGCCCCCAAGAGCCCAGAACCUCUCCCCAGAAGCUUCGUCGCCCCAAGUCGCCGCACGACCCCCACCCGCGCCUAAGGCCGAGCGCGCACGGCCAAAGAUCCGCGCUGCGAAGGCCGCGAUCUCCCUCACACCAACUGCGGUCGAACGGCUCCAGAACCUCCUCAAGAGCCCGACGCCCCAGAUGAUCCGCAUUGGGGUGCGGAACAAGGGCUGCGCGGGACUCUCGUACCACCUCGAGUACGUGGAGAAGCCGUCCAAGUUCGACGAGGUCGUCGAGCAGGACGGCGUCAAGGUCAUCAUCGACAGCAAAGCGCUCUUUUCGAUCAUCGGAAGCGAGAUGGACUGGCAGGAGGAUGGGCUGAGCGCCAAGUUCGCGUUCAACAACCCGAACGUCAAGGACGCCUGUGGAUGUGGCGAGUCCUUCACCGUCGGCUCGUAG